AUGGCUUCAGACAUCAGAGAAGUCGUUGCGAUACUUCUGAGCAUGAAAUGGCUCACACUAUUGAGCUAUGUGGGAAAUUGCUUCAUGGUCAUUAGUGUGAUUAAAACCAUACGAAUUGCUUUUUUCAGUCCCCUCAGAUCGAUCCCGGGCCCAUGGUAUGCAUCCUUAACGGGGCUUCGUCUGUCGUGGUCAGUGUUUGCCAACAACAGAAUCCACUACGUUCACGCCUUGCACCAACGGUACGGGCCCAUCGUCCGCAUUGGACCGCAGGAGAUCGAUGUAGCAGACCCUGCUGCAGGACGAGAGAUCCACCGCAUGGGAUCGGGCUUCACGAAAGCGCCCUUCUACGCGCUUCUGUCGCCAGGCCCGGUAGACAAUAUCUUCAAUUUCCGGGAUGCCAAACUGCAUUCGGCGCGUCGGAAGCUCUACGCUCGGGGGUUCACAUUGCAGAGCCUACGAAACGAAUGGGAGCCCAAGGUCCGUGAAAUCACCAAGUUGACGGUGCAGAGGAUCAAAGGCGAGGCCCUGCAGGGACAGGCCGAGGUGAUGGGGUGGUGGACACUCAUGGCCAACGAAGUGGUUUGCCAGCUUACGUUCGGCGGCGGCGAAGGUACAGUUGCCAAGGGAGUAAAGGAGCCAUUUGUCCUCAUGCUAGAACGCCGGAUGGGAGAUCUCGCACAUUUGCUCAAGCAUUUUGCCCCACCAGGCUACUACAUUGGUCGGAUGUUAGCCUGGGUUAUCCCGCAGUUGCAGGACGUCUUCUACUCCCAGGAACGGAUGUUCGCUGCUGGAGGGGAGGUUGUGUCGCGGGCCCGAGAGGGGAAGUCGGCCAGCAGCGCUCCCAGAAAUCUAUUCAACAAAGCGUUGGAGGAAGGAAGCCUGACUGACACGGACAUCAUAACCGAUGCAGGGGCUCUACUACUGGCAGGCUCAGACCCGACGGCAAUCUCCCUGACCUUCCUUCUCUGGUGUGUAUUGAGUCGACCAGAAGUUCAGAAGCAGGUCGAGGCCGAAGUUGCAACACUCGAAGGCGAGGUAACGGACAUGGCCUGUGAGCGGCUGCCCAUCCUGAAUGCGGUCAUCGAUGAGAGCUUACGACUGUACGGGGCGGCCCCGGGGUGUAUGCCUCGAAGCCCACCAACCGGAGGCGCAACUGUCGGAGGUUACUUUAUCCCGGACGAUACGGUCGUGGUGACGCAGAAUUGGAGCCUCCAGCGUAAUCCAGACAUUUGGGAAAAUGCAGACACGUUCGAUCACACCCGCUGGCUGGGAGAUUCAGGAAUCACGGAGCAGGCCAAGCUUGCAUUCAACCCGUUUGGGUAUGGGGCAAGGCAGUGUCUGGGCAUCCAUCUCGGCCGACUGGAGAUGCGGCUGGCGGCAGCGAUGUUUUUCCGCGAGUGUGCUGGAGCGCGACUAGGCGAGUCAGUGACGGAAGAGAGCAUGCGAGUGGUAGACAGUUUCAUAGCGGGUGUCCCUCGGGACCGAAGAUGUUGUAUUACACUGCAGUAG